AUGAAAGCCGUUAUCUACACCGGCGAAAGCAAGAUCGUAAUCGAAGAUCGUGCAAGACCAACCUGCAGCAUUCUACAAGGCCACGUUCCAUCAUGUACACCAGGCCGCAUCAUCGGGCAUGAAGGAGUCGGCAUCAUCGAGAGUCUCGGCGCCGCUGUUACGAACUUGACCGUCGGCCAAAUGGUAAUCAUCUCCUGCAUCACCAGCUGCGGGACCUGCCAUUACUGCCGCAAGAAGAUGCCCUCUCAAUGCGAAUCCGGCGGUUGGAUUCUCGGAAAUAAGAUUGACGGUACCCAGGCCGAGUAUGUCCGCAUUCCUCAUGCCCCGUUCUCGCUACAUGCGCUGCCGGAGACCAUCGAUCAAAAAGUCGCGGUUACCCUGUCUGAUACUGUCCCGACUUCUUAUGAAUGUGGGAUUCUGAACGGUGGGAUUCAGCCAGGGUCGACUGUGGCGAUCAUAGGCACUGGCCCGAUUGGGUUGAUGCUCCUCCAGAUGGCGAGGAAUCUGUUCGGUCCGUCAAUCACGGCGGUGGUGGGGAGGGGUGCUCCCAGACUUGAGACAGCCAAGUCAAUGGGGGCUGAUCACACGUUCAGUAUGCUCGAUGGACAGGAUGCCGUGGUGUCUUCAGCUCUAGCAGUAACCAAGCAGCGAGGGUUCGAUGUGGUUAUUGAAGCAGUUGGGACGCCAGAGUCUUUCGAGACGGCGCAGGCGCUCGUAGGCGCUGGGGGCACCAUUGCCUCUCUGGGUGUCUUUGGCGAGUCGUGCGAGUUGCACUUGGAAAAGCUAUGGAAUCGCAAUAUCUGUAUACUUCCCAAGUGCCCUCCCUGCGCUGGUCAUUACUGA